CAUAAUUCCUGGCGACCGUGCAAGUGUGGAUCCAUGUGACCCUGAAGCUUCUUGGAAGAAGAAGAUGGCCAAGAUCUCAUGCCGUCGACCUCCAACCUCUAUAUAUACUCAUGAAACCCUCCUGACCAAACUCCAUGCCAAAACACACAGGUCCUUUCAUGCAUACACAGUUCAUUGCAGGCUACCAGUAGCAACAAGCAAUCACCAGAAGCACCAGGAGUUCUUGAUCUCUCGUUUGCAUAGCUAGCAUUGCGUCGGUCAGCUAAUAAUUAAGGUACUAGCUGCAUUGGCCGUCGAUUGGAGAUCCAAGAUGAAGAAGGCGACCAGGUACCUGAAGCAGCUCUUCGCCGCCGUCGUGGCGGCGGUGAAGUCCACGGCGGUGGGCACCAGGGCCAGCUCCCUGCGGACGCGCCUCAUCAUGCUCGGCAUCAUGCGCAACAAGAAGCUCCUGCUGAGCGCCAUCCAGAGCAAGAUCCACGCCAUCAUGGGCGGCGGCGCUAGCGGCAGCGGUGCCCAGGGCAGAUACGGCAAUGCGGUGGCUACCACCCACGGCGGCGGCGAGGGCGGUGCGGCCGAGGGCGCAGGACGCGGCGGCGCCGGCGGGCACCUGCUCCUCGGCGGAGGCGGCAGGAAGGCCGCCGUGCUGCAGAGCCUGCCGAGCUUUGUGGUGGAGCAGGAGAGCAGGGCCGUCGUGCUCAGCAGCCUGCCGAGCUUCGCGCUGGAGCGGGACGGCGGUGCGUGCCUCGCCCGCUCGCCGUUGUCGGCCGGCGGGGAGGAGGAGGUGGUCGAAUACAACGACGGCAACUGCGAGAAGCAGGCGAUCGCCGCCAUCGCCGCCGCGGGGCCGGCGGUGGAGGGGGAGUUCCGGCUGGAGGACGAGAUCGACCGCGUGGCGGACGUGUUCAUCCGGCGGUUCCACGACCAGAUGAAGCUGCAGAAGCUCGAGUCCUUCAAGAGGUUCUGCGAGAUGCUCGAGAGGGGCGCCUGAAUGCCUCAUCAUCCCAUCCAUGUCCAUGCAUAUGAUGGCCCCUGCUACUGAAUACUCCUACUGAUGAUCAACUAAUCGACUGUGUGUGCGCUAACGGUCGAUCCAACCUAAUUAGCUAAGGAAUUAAGAGUUUGGGGGUGUAUCUAUUAUACCUAGAAUAAGUGGCAAGAAAAUCGAGCUCGUUUCUUGGAGUAAAAUUGGAGGGUGUUUGGACUGGAGAGAGAUGUACGUGCUCAUGCUCUUGUUUUCUUUUAUGGAGAUUUGAGCUUUCUCCUUCAGAAUUAGAGCACAAUUGAUUCGCAUGAAAAUCUCGAUCUUUAAGGUCAGUCUCAGUGAGAGUGUCAUCGACACAGUUAAUCUUAA